AUGGCUGUAUUAAAAUCGAUAUUUAUUAUUCUCAAUAUCUGCGGAUGCUGGAGACCUUCAUCUUGGUCGCUCUCCUUUUAUAAAUGCCUCAUUUAUAAUUUAUAUACAAUCUUCAUAGCUUUUUUCAUAUCAUUUUUGUCUUUAUUAGAAAUUAUUAGUAUUGCUUUAAAUGCAAACAAAUCGAACAAUGUUUCCGACGAUAUUUACAUAUUCUUGGCACAAUUUGUAUCUUGUUUUAAAAUGUUUAGUCUUGUGGUCAAUCGUAAUAAUAUUCUUAAUUUAAUUUUUAUUCUGGGACAAGAACCAUAUAAACCAUUGAACGAUGUGGAAGCGAACAUUCAAAUUAAGUUCGACAAAUUGUCUAGGUUAAACACUCACAGUUACGCAUCGUUGAUCACGUUAUCAGUGAGCAGCUUUGUAUUUUUCUCAUUGAUAACAGAUUUUAGAAAAAGACAAUUAACUUUUCGAACUUGGUUGCCUUUUGACGAUAACAUGACACCCGUUGUAUUUUAUUUAACAUACGCUUACCAAAUGAUAGCAAUGAUAUUAGCAGCAAUGAUACACGUCGCUUUAGAUACUCUUAUCUGCGAUCUUCUCCUAAACAUUUGCUGUCAGAUUAGAAUCUUGGAAAAUCGCCUCAGGAAUAUCACGAAUGAAAGAAAGGCCAUUUUGAAGCUUUGCAUUCGUCAUCACGAAUGUAUAUACGGGUUUGCUGCUGACGUAAAUAGCACGUUUAAAUUUGCAAUUUUCGUCCAAUUUCUUGCAAGUACAUUGACAGUCUGUUUUACUCUGUUCCAUAUAACGAAAAUAUCAGCGAAUAGUUUGGAAUUUGUAAAAAUGACAUUUUUUAUGUCUAGUAUGUUAACCCAAGUGUAUCUCUAUUGCUGGUACGGACAUUUAGUCACUCUAAAGAGCAAAGAAAUUAUCUACCAAAUGUUCGAUACAGAUUUGAUGGAGCUAAACAAUGACAUCAAGAAGAGUCUUUUGAUCAUGAUGCAUCGUACGACGAGACCUAUCGUUAUUAUCGUUAUGAAUCUGUUUCCUCUGAAUAUCGAUUCGUUCGUGAGCAUACUUAAGACCGCAUACACUGCAUACAACUUCUUGGAACAAACUAAAAGCAAUAUCUCAAAAAAUAAAUUGAUUUCUUUUCAUUCGCGUAUAACUAUGGCUAUAUUAAAAUCGAUAUUUAUUAUUCUCAGUAUCUGCGGAUGCUGGAGACCUUCAUCUUGGUCGUUAUCCUAUUAUAAAUGUCUCGCUCAUAAUUUAUACACAACCUUUAUAGCUGUUCUAUUAGCAUCUCUGGCUUUAUCGCAAAUAAUCGGUAUUGCUUCAAUCGCAAUUGAUUCGGGCGAAGUUUCCGAUGAUAUUUACGUAUUCUUGGCACAUUUAGUAUCUUGUUUUAAAAUGUUAAGUCUUGUGGUCAAUCGUAAUAAUAUUGUUAAAUUAAUUGAUACUCUGGAACAAGAACCGUAUCAACCAUUGGACGAUAUGGAAACGAACAUUCAAAUAAAGUUCGACAAAUUGUCUCGGUUCAAUAUUCACAGUUAUAUAUCUUUGAUCACAUUCACGGUGAGCCACUUUUUAUUUAUGUCAUUGAUUACAGACUUUAGAAAAAGGCAAUUAACUCUUCGAGCUUGGUUGCCUUUUGACAAUAAUAUGACACCCGUUGUAUAUUAUUUAACUUACGCUCACCAAAUGAUAGCGCUGACAUAUGGAACAGUGAUUCACGUCGCUGUAGAUACUCUGAUUAGCGAUUUUCUGCUAAACAUUUGCUGUCAGAUUAAAAUCUUAGAAAGUCGCCUUACGAAUAUCACGAAUGAACGAAAGGCUAUUUUGAAACUUUGCAUUCAUCAUCACGAAUGUAUAUACAGAUUUGCUGCAAACAUAAAUAAAACUUUUAAAUUUGCAAUCUUAAUCCAAUUUCUUGCAAGUACAUUCACAGUUUGUUUCACUCUGUUCCAAAUAACAAAAAUAUCAACAAAUAGUUUAGAAUUUUUUAAAAUGACAUUAUUUAUUUUUGGCUUGUUAAUCCAAGUGUAUCUCUACUGCUGGUACGGACAUUUAGUCACUCUUAAGAGCGAAGAAAUUGCCCAAAAAAUGUUCGGUACAGGUUUGAUGGAGCUAAGCAAUGACAUCAAGAAGUGUCUUUUGAUUAUGAUGCAUCGUACGACAAGGCCAAUCGUUAUUAUCGUUAUGAAUCUAUUUCCUCUAAAUAUCGAUUCAUUCGUGAGCAUACUUAAGACCGCAUACACGGCAUACAACUUCUUGGAACAAACUUAA